UCCUCAAUAAUUCCAACCUUCAGUCCACGCCCCCCUUUUAUUUAGGGUUUUUGAUUCCUUCAUCUUUAUCUUCGAUCAAUCAACCAUGACUGGCAAAGCCAAGCCAAAGAAGCACACAGCCAAGGAAAUAGCGGCGAAGAUCGACGCCGCCACAACCAAUAGAGGCGGCGGCAAGGCCGGAUUUGCUGACCGUUCGGGUGUGGAGAAAGGUGGACAUGCUAAGUACGAGUGUCCUCAUUGCAAAAUAACAGCUCCAGAUUUGAAGUCGAUGCAGAUUCAUCAUGAUGCCAAGCAUCCCAAGGUUCCCUUUGAAGAGUCAAAGCUUGUGAAUCUACAUGCUGUUCAUGUGGUUGAGACUUCCAAGCCUCGUCCUGGUGUUAGGGGCAGCCUUAAAAAGUGAUAAAAAACCCCAAAAAAUGUGUUUUUCGUCAAGCUUUGGUGUUUUGUGAUGUUUCGAAAUAUGGGUUUGGUUCCUUCUUCAUCUUUUAAUUGUUUGUCACGCUUGCAGUAGAGAUGGGAAUGAGAAAGGGGUUGGGGUGAAAAAAGUUGGAUUAUUCUUGUAAGGGUCCCCCUUGAUUUGAUGUCGAUGAUGAAUGGUGUUGUUAUAGCUUCCUCAUUUAAUGCUAAUGAAGUGUUUGUGCAAUA